AUGAAGGCAAAGCUACUGUGGCUGCGGCUGCUGAGCCUGGCCUGGCUGUGGCCGGCCUCUCUGCCAAUCGGGAGCCCGCUGCCUGGCCGUCGGAGACACAAGGACGUGUACCUGGGGGAGCAUGUCAAGAACAAACAUGGAGGACGUAUAGAUUAUAAGAUGAAGAAAGCGGACAGCACAAAGUCCCUGCUGAUAAAGUCAGAGCAACUCCUGCGGAUUGAGGAUCACGACUUUGCCAUGAGGCCUGGCUUUGGAGGCACUGCCAUUCCCGUGGGUAUCGAUGUGCAGGUUGAGAGCAUCGACAGCAUCUCAGAGGUCAACAUGGACUUCACCAUGACCCUAUAUCUGCGGCAUUACUGGAAGGAUGAGCGUCUGGCCUUCCCCUCCAGCAACAACAAGAGUCGCACAUUUGAUGCACGGCUGGUGAAGAAGAUCUGGGUGCCCGACGUCUUCUUCGUCCACUCCAAACGCUCCUUCAUCCACGACACCACCAUGGAGAACAUCAUGCUCAGGGUGUACCCAGAUGGCAACAUCUUGUACAGUGUCAGGGUCACAGUCACUGCUCUGUGCUCCAUGGAUUUCAGCAGAUUUCCUCUAGACACACAGAACUGCUCUCUGGAGCUGGAGAGCUAUGCAUAUAAUGAGAAUGACUUAAUGCUGUACUGGAAGAAUGGAAACGAUUCAUUAAGGACUGAUGAGAUCUUGCUCUCUCAGUUUUUUAUUGAAGAAUUCAAUCCUUCCAAUGGGCUAGCCUUCUACAGCAGCACGGGCUGGUAUAAUCGGCUGUAUAUAAACUUCAUUCUCAGGAGACACAUCUUCUUCUUCAUGCUGCAGACUUAUUUUCCCACAAUGCUGAUGGUCAUGCUCUCAUGGGUGUCCUUCUGGAUUGACAGAAGAGCGGUCCCUGCCCGAGUCUCUCUAGGUAUUACCACGGUGCUGACCAUGUCCACCAUUAUCACGGGUGUGUCGGCCUCCAUGCCCCAAGUGUCGUACGUCAAGGCGGUGGACAUCUAUCUGUGGGCCAGCUUCCUCUUCGUUUUCCUCUCUGUCAUUGAGUAUGCUGCCGUCAACUACUUCACCACCAUUGAAGAGAUGAAGAAACUCAAGAGGGGAAAGCUCCCAGCCUCCUUCAAUGCAACCCAGGCUAUGGCCUUUGAUGGCUGUUUCCACGACGAGGAGAUCGACCUCCCAUCCUUCACAGAAAUCUCCAGUCCCAGUGUGGAGCAUCAGGUGGACCCCUGCAAUUCCUCAGAGCCCCCUCCUACCGAGGGUACAAGACUGAGGAGGAAACGUUCUGUCAGGAAGAACAUCAACUUCAUCAUGAGCAACAGCUAUAUGAUCGACUCCUACUCACGCAUCCUCUUCCCUCUCGCUUACCUGCUGUUCAACAUCAUCUACUGGAGUAUGUACUCUUAA